CAGAUAAAGCCAACUCAGUAUAUAAGCAGCUCGACUUGCUCCCAUAGUUUUUAUCUUGUUUCGAACAUCGCUUGAGACUUUAAACCUGCUGAACUCUUCUGAACGCUGGUUGUGAUUUUAUCAUCUGCGCCUGCAUCUGAAGACAAACCGUUCAUAUUGUGUCACACAGACACAGGGCCUUCACAUUUCCAUUGAACAAGAAAUCCAGUCACACUAAAAAGAGCUAAGGAGAAAAGCAGAGACUGCUGGAAAAGCAACAGUCACUUUAGUACUGCACUGUUACCCACUGGUCUGCAAUCCUGUUUAAAACAGUUUGUAGUGGAAAGUUCACGAUGCUGGAGUCUCUUUGGGUAUGGACUCUGGCCACGGGUCUCAUAAGUAUAAUCGGAUACUUGCUUGGGACAUGGACCCAUGACCAUUUCUCCAAGAAAAAUGUACCGCACCUGAAACCUGUACCAUUCUUUGGGAACAUGGGAUCAGUGGCCUUCAGGAUUGUUUCUUUACCUGAAUCACUUGUUGACUGGUACAACAGGCUUAAAGGCCACAAAUAUGGUGGUGUGUAUGAAUUCCUGAAUCCAAUUAUUUUGUUAAGAGACCCCGAGCUCAUAAAGAUGGUGACCGUGAAAGAUUUUGAGCAUUUCGUUGACCGCGGAGUUCGUAUAAGUGAAGAAGUUGAGCCGCUGUUCGGAAAGGGCCUAUUCAGUCUCAAAGGACAACGAUGGAAGGACAUGCGAUCCACUCUGAGUCCUGCUUUCACAUCCAGCAAGAUGAAGAAUAUGUUCGUCUUGAUAACAGAAUGUGGUAAACAGCUAACUGACUUCCUGGAAAAGUGUAUUAAUGACAAAAACAUGACAAUUGAAGGCUGCAAGAUAGAACGAGAAGGUAAUAUUCUGGCUGUGGAGAUGAAAGACUUGUUCACAAGAUACACAAAUGAUGUAAUUGCUACGUCAGCAUUUGGAAUUAGUUGUGAUUCACUAAACCAUCCUGGAAAUGAAUUCUAUGUGUUGGGGAGAGAUUUUACCAACUUCAGCGGUAUCAGAGCCAUGAAACUUUUUGGCUACAUGUUUAGCCCAAAAGUCAUGAAGCUUCUGCGCAUUAAAUUGCUGCCUGACUUUGUGGCAAACUUCUUCCGUUCCUUGGUACAUGGUACAAUGUCAACUCGGGAAGAGAAAGGUAUUGUGAGGCCGGACAUGAUCCAUCUGCUCAUGCAGGCCAAGAAAGGAACACUUCAGGGGGAUGAUAAUGUUACAAACAACAGCAAGAUUACCAAGCCAAAAUGGGAAGACGAUGACAUAACAGCCCAAGUGGCUCUGUUUUUUCUGGCCGGCUUUGACACAGCCUCCUCACUCCUGAGUUUUGCAUCACAACUGCUGGCCAUGCAUCCAGACAUUCAGUCUCGGCUCCAAGAUGAGAUAGAUCAAACGCUGAAAGUGGACGGAGGGAACCUUACAUACGAAGCAGUCCACGGCAUGAAGUACCUGGACAUGGUGGUCUCAGAAACACUGCGUAUAUAUCCUCCAAUAGGAAUCCUUGAGCGGAGGUGCGUUCAAACAUACACACUGCCAGCUGAACCUCACUAUACCCUGAAUCCCGGAGACUUUGUCUACAUACCCGUUUAUGCCCUCCACCAUGACCCAGACUACUUCCCCGAUCCUGAGAAAUUUGACCCUGAAAGGUUUAGUGAUGAGAACAAAGGAAGCAUCAAAGCCUGCACAUAUCUGCCAUUUGGAUCAGGCCCAAGGAACUGUAUUGGGAGCCGAUUUGCACUUAUGGAAGCCAAGAUAGCAUUGGUACAGCUGUUGUCCCGCUUCAACCUAAAAGUUGUCCCAAAGACACCAAUUCCAAUUAAAAUAUCCAAGAGUGGCUUCAAUAUGACAAUAGAUGGGGGGUUCUGGAUUGGGCUUGAGCAAAGAGUAAAAAAUGCAACAAAAUUACAAAAUGAUUGAGAUAAUGAACAUCUAAUACUGCUGUUCCAUUUACUCAAGAGGAAAUGUUGUUGCAAAGUAUUAUAAGUUCAUUGUAUAUAUUUAAUCUUUAGUAUACCUUAUGUAAUAGAAAGUAGUACCAAUGAAAUUAUCCUUUCCCCUUCCAGUGCAGUAAAAUAUAUUCAAGCUUCAUUAAAAAUUUAAAUAAUAAUAUUGUUACUUCUUGGACCUGUGUUUCCUUAAGAAGUUUGGCCUAUUUUAUGAUGUCCAUUUCUUCAUUUAAUUUCAUUCACUUCAUGUUCCUUAAUUUUGUAUUAUAUGUACACAACUUAUUUUCAUAGUAAAUGUAAGAAAAUGCUGUAAAAUAAAAAUGAUUUACGUAUGAGA